UGCGCAUGUCCCGGGCGGUGACGCCGGCGCCGGGCUCCAUGUGUGCGGCCGAGGGGCGCAUUAUCUGGCCGGCGGCGCGGGCGGGCGGGCGGACCGGCGGAGCGAGCGCCCAGGGCACGGGCGGCCCUACAGGCGGAGCGAGCAAGUGCGGCCCGGCGCCCUCGGCCCCUCGGCCGCCCGGCCCGGCACGCGACCCCGGCCCCACGGCCCCGCGAACCCGCGCGCUACCCUAGGGCCCGGCCGGCCCGCGGCCCGGUACCCCUGUUUCACAGACGAGUUUGGCAGGGUCCUUGCCUUCCUGUUCUCCUGAUUCCUGGUUCUUGGGGUCCUCAUAUGAAAGGACUGAAGACUAGAUAAUCUGUCCGAGGUGCGGAGAGGUCAGCAUCUGAGGUUGGUCAGCACGUUGACGCAAGUUGCCUUUUGACAUAGUUGUCACCAUGGCCGGCUGGUAGGACCACCGUCCCAUGCCCAGAGCCAGAAUGACUGAAGAAGCAUGCCGAACACGGAGUCAGAAACGAGCACUUGAACGGGACCCGGCAGAGGAUGAUGUGGAGAGCAAGAAAAUAAAAAUGGAGAGAGGAUUGUUGGCUUCAGAUUUAAAUGCUGAUGGAGACUUAAGAGUGAUGCCUGAGCCGGGAGCAGGCCCAGCCCAAGGGUUGCUGAGGGGAGCAGAGGCGACGGCCAUGGGCAGAGGCGAAGGGCAGGCAGGCGAUGGGCCCGUGGAUAUGCGCACCUCACACAGUGACAUGAAGUCCGAGAGGAGAGCCCCCUCGCCUGACGUGAUCGUGCUGUCUGACAGUGAGCAGCCCGCAAGCCCGCGAGUGAACGGGCUGAUGAAGGAGGCCUUGAAGGAGACCAGCACCGAGGCCCUCAUGAAAAGCAGUCCUGAAGAACGAGAAAGAAUGAUUAAGCAACUGAAAGAAGAGUUAAGACUAGAAGAAGCAAAACUCGUUUUAUUGAAAAAGUUGCGGCAGAGUCAAAUACAAAAGGAAACCACUGCCCAGAAGCCCGCAGGCUCCACUGGGAGUGUCGUGACCACCCCUCCCCCGCUAGUUCGGGGCACCCAGAACAUUCCUUCCGGCAAGCCAUCGCUUCAGGCCUCUUCGACUCGAAUGCCUGGCAGUGUCAUCCCGCCGCCCCUGGUCCGUGGUGGACAGCAGGCGUCCUCAAAGCUGGGGCCACAGACGAGCUCACAGGUCGUCAUGCCCCCACUUGUCAGGGGGGCCCAGCAAAUCCACAACAUCAGACAACAUUCCAGCACGGGGCCACCGCCACUCCUCCUGGCCCCCAGGGCAUCUGUGCCUAGUGUGCAAAUUCAGGGACAGAGGAUCAUCCAGCAGGGCCUCAUCCGCGUCGCCAACGUCCCCAGCACCAGUCUGCUUGUCAACAUCCCACAGCCCUCCCCAGCGUCGCUGAAAGGGACGACAGCCACUUCUGCUCAGGCCAACUCCACCCCCACCAGCGUGGCCUCUGUCGUCACCUCUGCUGAUUCUCCAGCCAGCCGGCAGGCGGCCGCCAAGCUUGCGCUGCGCAAACAACUGGAGAAGACACUGCUCGAAAUCCCCCCUCCCAAGCCCCCAGCCCCAGAGAUGAACUUCCUGCCGAGCGCUGCCAACAACGAAUUCAUCUAUCUGGUUGGCCUAGAGGAGGUGGUGCAAAACCUGCUGGAGACACAAGCAGGCAGGAUGUCAGCUGCUGUUGUGCUGUCCCGAGAGCCCUACAUGUGUGCCCAGUGCAAGACGGACUUCACGUGCCGCUGGCGGGAGGAGAAGGGUGGCGCCAUAAUGUGUGAGAACUGCAUGGCGUCCAACCAGAAGAAGGCGCUCAAGGUGGAGCACACAAGCCGGCUGAAGGCCGCCUUUGUGAAGGCGCUGCAGCAGGAGCAGGAGAUUGAGCAGCGCCUCCUGCAGCAGGGCACUGCCCCCGCGCAGGCCAAGGCUGAGCCUGCUGCUGCCCCGCACCCUACGCUGAAGCAGGUCAUAAAACCCCGGCGUAAGUUGGCGUUCCGCUCAGGAGAGGCCCGCGACUGGAGUAACGGGGCUGUGCUACAGGCCUCCAGCCAGCUGUCACGGGGCUCGGCCACCACACCUCGAGGUGUCCUGCACACAUUCAGCCAGUCGCCCAAACUGCAGAACACAGCCUCGGCCACAGCCCUUGUUAGCAGGACCGGCAGACAUUCCGAGAGAGCUGUGAGUGCUGGCAAGGGCAACACCACCUCCAACUGGAAGAAGGCACCUCUGAGUACAGGCGGGGCCCUUGCGUUUGUCAGCCCAAGCUUGGCAGUGCACAAGACCUCCUCGGCCGUGGACCGCCAGCGAGAGUACCUCCUGGACAUGAUCCCACCACGCUCCAUCCCCCAGUCGGCCACAUGGAAAUAGUGCGAGCCGGGCCCAGUGGAGAACAGGCUCCCUUCUCCCUCCCACCUGGCCCUGCCACCCUCCGCUUGGGAAGACACCAUGCUCCCCGAGAGAGCGAGCCAGUACCAGCUGUGCUGCAGAAGGGAGACCUCCGUUCAUUGGCUGCAAAGUCUCGUCGCAGCUGGGGGGCACUUCACAGGUGGAUGAGGAUUAUCACUGGGGGACCUUCCCUGUGGGCUUUCUUCCUUUCUUUGCCUUUAGUUUGCCCAACACCAGCAGAAAAGCAGACCUCGGGGGCUGGUUCUGCUCCCAGCCCUCCCCUUCGGCCCCCAGCAGGGCGCAUGGAUGGCUCACUCUGGACACUGUGACAUGCUUGGGCGAGACCAGCGCCCAGGGCUUCUGAAGUCAAGUGGAGCGUUCUGUUUUGUUUUUGCUUUUCCCCAUCUUACCCUCCCAGUCUUUGGCUGCCUUCCUUCGUGGCAAUCUCUAGGUUGACAUUUUUUUUUUUUAAUCACCUCAUGAUGAUGGAGUUUAAAGUAAACCUUGCAUACCCAAGGGUCCCUGCCGAGCACAGCCCCCACGCCCGGAGAGUGGGCCGCUGACCAUCCAACCCUUGCUCCAUCAGAAGGCCUCUGCUGCUGCUCAUCCCAGAGACCCCUGACCUCCCACACUUCGCAGAAGAACAAACUGCAACCCAGACCCAGCCUGGGAGCCCGGGAGCCCAGGAGCCCCGUGUCGCUGAACAAGGAGGCAGGAGAGAAUCAGCAGCGACAUCCAGAGCCUGAGUGUGAAGUUGGAGGGGCAGGCUGUUGUUUUUGUUGUUGUUGUUGUGGUUUAUUUUAUUAAAUGUUUUCCUUUUCUUUUCCUACUUAUUUUGAUGGACAACAUCCUAAGCUGCCCUGGCCUGUGCUCCUGUCAGGUGUGUUUGGGUGGGGAAGUGCCCCUGCCCACCCCCAAACUUCAAGGUAUCCAUUUGGGUCUAGUUUACAACCUUCCCUUAAAGCAGGGCCAUGCUGCCAGGGUUCGCCUUCAGACUUUCUUUUACCCUCUUUAGAGUCUACAUAAAUGUCUUACAAAGGAUCAGGUCUGUUCUCAGUUGUGUUUUGUUUUGGUUUCUCCCACUCCUUUAAAAAUCGAUUCCAUGAAGAAAGGCGGAAACUGUUGUGUGUGCACGCUGUGCACAGGCUGGCUCCAUGCAGGUGCAAGGGCGUCCCGUGUGUGUGCACAUGCAUGUGGAGACAGAGUACACUGCUCCCCACUUCAGCCCCAGCCCUGGUUUUCCUAUCCAUGCAGUUAGGGACUUAAUUUAAAAUCCUUAUUUUGUAGGGCCACCUUCUUCAAACACACUGCUACAACAUUCUAAUAAAGGCUCAUUUAACCCCUUC